CAGUCAGCUGUCAGUCGGCUGUUUGCAAACAGUUCCGUCCGCGGGGUCCGUAUGGUGUCUGCCGCGGCCCCUGCGCCCCCAGUAGCUCCUCCACGAUGGGGGAAAACGACGACAGCGACAUCAUAGAGCACCACGUCGAGGAGGAGAUGGAGAAGAAGGGCACGAGGAGCCACGCAGCAUCCUCCUCGUUCCUGGGGAGCGUCAGUCCAUCCGACAGAGAGGGCCACAGCAGCACCCAGUCCUCCCACAGACUGCUGGCCUACAGCGACGCCCUCAUCUCCAUCAUCGCCACUGUCAUGAUAUUACCUGUUGCUCAUACGAAGAUGGAGGAUAAUGAGGAGUUGAGAGAGAGCGUUCAGCUGCUGCUCACAACAAAAAUUGCUGUUUACUUAAUGACAUUCCUGAUAGUGACUGUUGCCUGGGCGGCUCAUAUCAGGUUGUUUCAAGUGAUCGUACGGAUCGACGACUGCCUUGCCUUGCUGAACCUCGCCUGCAUGAUGCUGAUAACCUUUCUGCCAUACACAUUUUCUUUAAUGGCGACUUUCCCAGAGAAAAUCCUCGGGAUUUUACUGUUUUGUGGUUGUGUGAUGGUGAUCGGCGUCAUUCAGUCGGUGAUUGUGUUGUACGCCUUCAGUCGCCCCUUCCUGCUGAACGAACAGAUUCAGAUCUCGGAGAACCAGAUCUACUAUAAACACCACAUCCUCAAAGUCAUCAUGAGAGUGCCGCUCAUGUGCUUCUUCGCCAGCAUCUUCUCCUUCAUCUUCUUCGAGCUGUCUUACGUGCUGUUAGCCAUUGUCAUCUUCCUGCCCUACAUCUCCCAGUGUUUGAAGUGGUGUCGCAGCAAAGCAAUCGGUCAGGUGGAUGAGACUCCAGACUCCAUGCUGUUCUACACCUACCUGCCUAAUGAACCCCUCAGUAAAGAGCGAGUGGAGGCUUUCAGUGACGGAGUUUACGCCAUCGUAGCAACGCUUCUAAUCCUGGACAUAUGUGAGGACAACGUUCCCGACCCAACUGUCGUGAAGGAGCAGUUUGGCGGCAGCCUGGUCGCGGCUCUGCAGGCCUACGGCCCGGAGUAUCUCGCCUACUUCGGUUCCUUCGCCACCGUCGGCCUUCUCUGGUUUGUCCACCACUCGCUCUUCCUCCACGUCACCAAGACGACGCGCUUCAUGGGCCUGCUGAACACCUUCUCGUUGGCGUUCGUCGGAGGUCUGCCUUUAGCCUAUCAGCUGACGCACGAGUUCCCGCGCAACUCCCGCAACGAACUGGAAGCCAUUCAGAUUAGCUGUGUGAUCAUUUUCUUCGCAGGUAUAUUUCAGCUCACCAUCUGGGUGGUCGCUCUUUACAAUGAGCAGGAAACCCUGCACCCGUAUGUGCGGUACGGUGGACGUGAGCACGUGUUCAUGCUCGCUAAGCUAGCUCUGUACCCCUGCGUAGCUUUAGGGACAUUUUUCCUCACAUGUAUCCUGAGUAAAUUUAGCGCCUCAAUUUUCCACCUGAUGGAGAUCACGGUGCCUUUUGCUUUUCUUGUGUUGAGGCUCUUGGUGCGCGUCGGGCUAGCGCUGCUACGGCAAAUCUUCUGUCCCGACAGGCCCGACCCAAGGACUGUUGUAGAGGAGGAAGAUGACGAGACGAGGGUGCCAUUCAACGCUUUAGUCACCUAGCUAACUUGAAGGGGAGUGGCCACAGAAAAUGAAGAAAACUGACAGAGCUGUGAGGCAUUACUGCUUAGAUUUGUCCUCUCAUCAGGAGGAGCCCGUUGGGGUUUGAACCAGGAACAAAAUGGAAAGUGGAUUCUCCUCGUUCAAAUCUCGGGAGGGAAUCAGUGCACGUUGGAAAAGAUGUGACCAAACACGUUGAAGGCGAAUAUGGACUCUGUAGAGGUUAAGAAAACACUUAGUGGACCAGAGUAGUGAGGGAUACUGACAGCCAAAGCCUAGCUACUCAUGAAAUUCUUGUAAACCUAACAUGCAGAAUAUACUUAUGCUAGAUGUGAUUA